CUUUUCUUUUUUAGCAGGCUUUCGAAAACUAAAGCCAAACUAUGGGUCGUGUUAUUCGUGCACAACGUAAAGGUGCUGGGUCCGUAUUCAAGGCCCAUGUACAUCACCGCAAAGGCGCUGCUAAAUUGAGAUCUUUGGAUUUCGCUGAACGUAAUGGCUACAUUCGCGGUGUUGUCAAGGAAAUCAUCCACGAUCCUGGCCGUGGUGCUCCCUUGUCUGUAGUCCACUUCCGUGACCCCUACCGUUACAAGAUCCGCAAGGAGCUCUUCAUUGCCCCCGAAGGUAUGCACACUGGUCAAUUCGUAUACUGUGGCCGCAAAGCUACCCUCCAAAUCGGCAAUGUGAUGCCCGUAUCUCAGAUGCCUGAAGGUACCAUCAUUUGCAACUUGGAAGAGAAGACCGGUGAUCGUGGUCGUUUGGCUCGUACCUCUGGUAACUACGCCACCGUUAUUGCCCACAACCCUGACACCAAGAAGACCCGUGUUAAGUUACCCUCCGGCGCCAAGAAGGUUGUCCCCUCUGCCAAUCGUGCUAUGGUUGGUAUUGUUGCUGGUGGUGGUCGUAUCGACAAGCCCAUCUUGAAGGCCGGUCGUGCCUACCACAAAUACAAGGUCAAGCGUAACAGCUGGCCUAAGGUACGUGGUGUUGCUAUGAACCCCGUUGAACAUCCUCACGGUGGUGGUAACCAUCAACAUAUUGGUAAAGCUUCCACAGUUAAGCGUGGUACCUCUGCUGGUCGUAAGGUCGGUCUUAUUGCUGCCCGUCGUACCGGUAGAAUUCGUGGUGGAAAGGGUGAUUCCAAGGACAAAUAGAUUGCUAAGUAAUUUUAUACCAAUAUCAAUUGAUUUGAUAUCAUACAACAA